AUGUUCGAAAGUGUCCGCACUGCCGUGAAAGCCCAGUUACAGAACAAAGUAAAUGUAAAUGAGGCCGAGUUGCUGUCUUCAUUGUUGCCUGAAAGCUACUCGCUCGCCCAGAUUUGCGAUGAGCUGGUUACCGAUGAAGAUCAACUCGAAAGCCUCCUCAUACUGAGUGGCUGUUUCGAUGAAUUCGAGAGGCUCCAGAGAGAGGAUAACGAUGAGGAAUCAUCCAUCAAGCUCUCAUUAUGGGUUUCGAAAGCCAUCGUACCGGGUGGGGACUGCGUGUCUGAAAAUGAAGCGUUUGAAGACAAACCUUCCUCGUCACGAAAUGAAGCUCUCCGGCUAGCCCAGCGCAAAGGAACUCUUGGCCUCAAAAGUCUCCAGGUUCUCUGCAGACUCAACGACUCCGUUCCAGACACCAGGGUAUUACUCUCGGUUUUAGCUUUUACCUCACAGAAGGACCCAUGGACGACAUCAGAAUCCGCCUCAAUCGCCCAGCAGUUCUUCUCCCUGCCCUCGAUCCAGCGGUACACUUCCAACCCAGAAUUCAUCCCUCAGAAGCUCCUACAAGAAUUCACCCGCCCGCUCUUCUCAGCCUCAAAGCCCGAGUCCAUCACGACAGCUGGCCGAAAAGCAAUGCCCAGCACUGCACCUCCCAAGCGCCACGACUUUGUGAACGAGAAGAAAAGUCAACCAUGGAGGUAUGAGGUGCCAUAUUCGAUCGCUGUGCUGGAGUGGGCUGUUCAGAACGCUUCGGAUGAGAUAAUCUUGACUUCCUGGCCUCUCAUAAUUCCACCGCUUUUGACGCUGCUCGACACCCCCACGACCCCGCUCCUAGUCCGGGGUCUCAAUCUCACAACCACUUUCCUCCCUCGCCUUUCUACCAAGCCCCAACUUCUCACGCAAACAGGCCUCUUCUCCGUCUUCGAAGAAGCUAUUCUGCCUACUACUCUAUACCUCCCCUCCAUCACGCCUCUCGAAGACUCCCUCCUCAUCCUACCCGCAGCAUACUCAGCACUCUUCGCCCUCUACACCGCGCGAUUCCAGCCCACCCCCCAUCCUUCUCCCGCAAAAACAGAGACAGAAACAGAGAUGGGAACAGUAAAAGCCACUAUCAACCGCUCCUCAAAAGCCAUUGCCGAAACCGAGCAGCACCAACGCCUCCACUUCCUCGACCGUGUCUUCCGCAGAGGAAUUCUACCCGCCGCCUCCCACACCUCCUCCUCCUCCCACUCCUCCGCCAUAACUAUCGUCCUGCUCGCCCACGUCUCCCCCAUCGUCGAGAAACUCGGCAUGCACGCCGUCAAGCACCUCAAGUCCAUCAUCCCAAUGCUCGCCCAAGCCUUCUGCGUGCCGCGCUACGACCUCAUCCAGCAGGCGCUGCGGACGCUACAGGUCGUGAUCCUGAACUGCUGGGCCCGGAUCGGGGAGGAGGCAUGGCGCAUCGAAGUGGUGAGGAUGCUGGUGGUGUGUAAGGAGACUGUGCACGUAUUUCAAUUGGGCAGGGAAGAUGUACGGAUGGCGAGACUUUGGGAGUCGAUGGCCGUUGUGGGGAGGCUGUUGGUUAGGGCUGUUGAGGGGAGAGUCGAUAUGAGGGAGGAGUUGAGGCCGUUGGUUGAGGCUGAUGCGGAGGUUGGGGAGGUGUUUGGGAUAUGA